GCGGCGGGCGGCGCGCGCCGCCUCCUCUUCUCCCGGCACCGGGCCCCGACCAGCGGGGCCCGAUGAGGCUGAGCCGUCGCACCGCCCUCGCCCCUGACGCUCGCAGGACACCCCCCCCCGCCCCGCGCCUCUCUGCGCCGGCCCAGCCCCGGGCUAUGGCCGGCUAGCGCCCCCUCCGCCAGGCACGCGGCGGGGCCCCGCCUGAGCCCCCUUCCCCGCCGCGUCGCCCCACCGGAGCGGGCCUGGCAGUCGAGCCCGCAGACCUCCGCCCUGCCGAGCGCCGGGCGCCCCUCAUGGCGCCACCAGCCCGGCCCCAGCCCUGACUUGCCCUCCCCGCGCUCCGAGCCGCGACCUUCCCCUAUGCCUCCCCCGGCGCCGUCUUGCCCCUGAGAGUCGGAGCCGCGGCCCGUUGCCUGGAGGUGUCUGAAGCGCCGGUGGUGGCCAGGGUGGGGGACCAGGAAGAUGUUCUCAGCCCUGAAGAAGCUGGUGGGCUCGGACCAGACUCCGGUCAGAGACAAGAAUAUCCCUGCAGGGCUGCAGUCCAUGAACCAGGCUCUGCAGAGGAGAUUUGCCAAGGGAGUCCAGUAUAACAUGAAAAUUGUUAUCCGAGGGGACAGGAACACUGGGAAAACCACACUCUGGCAUCGACUGCAGGGGAAGAAAUUUAUUGAGGAAUAUAUUCCAACUCAGGAGAUCCAAGUCACCAGCAUCCACUGGAACUAUAAAACCACUGAUGAUAUCGUUAAAGUUGAAGUCUGGGAUGUAGUAGAUAAAGGAAAAUGCAAAAAACGAGGAGAUGGUUUGAAACUGGAGAAUGAUCCUCAGGAGGCAGAGUCAGAAAUGGCUCUGGAUGCAGAGUUUCUGGAUGUAUAUAAAAACUGCAAUGGCGUAGUGAUGAUGUUUGACAUCACCAAGCAAUGGACAUUUAACUAUAUUUUGAGGGAACUUCCCAAAGUGCCGACCCACGUUCCAGUGUGUGUGCUUGGGAAUUACCGAGACAUGGGGGAGCACCGGGUCAUUCUGCCAGGCGACGUGCGAGACUUCAUUGACAAUCUGAACAGGCCACCUGGCUCCUCAUAUUUUCGGUAUGCUGAGUCUUCCAUGAAGAACAGCUUUGGCCUCAAGUACCUGCACAAGUUUUUCAACAUCCCCUUCUUGCAGCUGCAGCAUAGGAGCAGAUACGAAGAUGUUUCCCUCCAAGGUGAAGGAGAUCUCUGCCCUUGCCAUUCUCUGAGGAGGACAGCAGCAAAUUUGAAGGCCUUUGGUUGCUUCCACCCAGGCUGUAGAGCCUCUGCUUGCUGUCAGACUUCAACGAAGAGGGAGACGUUGCUACGGCAGCUGGAGACGAAUCAGCUGGAUAUUGAUGCAACUUUGGAGGAGCUAUCAGUGCAGCAGGAGACAGAAGAUCAAAACUACGAACUCUUCCUUGAAAUGAUGGAAGCCCGAAGUCGAGGACAUACAUCGCCACUAACAGCUAAUGGGCAAAGCCCUUCCUCUGGCUCCCAGUCACCCAUCGUACCUCCGAGUUCCACAUCAACAGGCAGUUCCAGCCCUGGCACCCCACAGCCACCACAGCCACUUUCCACCAGCUCUGCAGUAUCCCCUGAACCCCCCUCAUCUUUUUCACCAGUGCCUGCACCAGAUGCCCAGCAGCCACAUGCGCCUCCGCCAGCUACAACCUCCCCAGCGCUUCCAGCUGCAAUCCCACCACAGAAGCGGAGCAUCAUAUCACGUCUCUUUGGGACUUCUCCUGCAGCAGAGCCCUCUCCUUCCCAGCAAGAUGCUGCUGCUGCUGCUCCUCCCCCCCACCCAGAAGCCUCUGCCAAAGUGCAGAGUGUGGAGGACUUCAUUCCCGAUGACAGCCUGGACCACAGCUUUCUAGAAGACUCGGCCCCACAGAAGGACAAAGGGAAACCACAAACUAAAAGCCGUGUAGAUAGUGAAAGCGAUGGAGAGGUACCUGGGGGGAACCCCAUGGUGGCAGGUUUCCAAGACGACCUGGAUCUGGAUGACAAAAUACCCAGCAGGCCUGUGCUGGCAACAGAACGUGUGCCCAGCAAGAACAUCACCCUGUCCAGUGAGGAGGAGGAAGAGGAAAUGGUGAAGGACUCUAAGGUCAUACUCAUGCCCAGUGAGGACAUUGAUACUCAACAUGAAAAAAAAAGGUCUUCCAGAAAUUCUAUGAAACCACAGAGCGAAGCAGUUUCGACAAAAGCAACUGGCCCGAAGCCUCCCGACAAUUUACCUCCACGUUCUGGCUCUGAAAGAAACAGCAGCAGCAAGCCCAGCACUGGGCUGCCAGCUGCUAUUGCUGCCACCCCAGCAGCAGUCCAGGCCCCAAAGACCACUUCUCAAAGCAGAGGACAUGUUCUCAAAGAGAAAGUGGUCAAAGAGGAGAAGCCUGAGGAGUCUGACAGUGAUCAAGAGGGACCAAUAGCUACUCAGAUGCUCUCAUUUGUUAUGGAUGACCCAGACUUUGAAAGUGAGGAGUCUGACAGCCAGAGAAAGAAAAUGGAUGAAUUCCCCAUCCGGGAGGAUCUCUCUGAAAUAUCUGAUGAUGAUACCUCAUUGGUGAAACCACCGCAGCCUGUGAAAUCAACAGUCCCCUCAUUUAAACUGAAAAAUGACUCAGAUCUCUUUGGCUUGGGUUUGGAAGAAACUGGUCCCAAGGAAAGCAGUGAGGAAGAUAAACAUCCCUCUAAGGAGAAAAAGAAGAAGAAAAAGAAAAGCAAAGAGGAAGAGGAGAAGUCUAUAAAAAAGAAGAGCAAACACAAAAAGAGUAAAGAGAAGGAAGAGGGAAAAGAUGAGAAAAAGAAAAAGAAGAAGAAGAGCAAGGAGAAAAACGAGAUAGAUGAACUGGAGGCUUUUCUUGGAGGAGGAGGAGCCAGCAUGAGUAAGCCACGAGGAGGUGGGGACUAUGAAGAGCUGUAGGCCAGCCGCAUGUAAACGCAGCGGACUCUUCUAUCAGUGGCUGUCUCCAUCUCUUCCUAUGAGUCACACCAGGACAGGUGCAGAUGUGUAAAGCUUUGGCCGUUUGCCCUGUAGUCCCUCAAAAGAGAGCUGGCAGAACAAAAGCUUUACAUCUGUGUGUGCUGUUCUGGUGCAUUCGUUACACAAAGAAAAUUCAGCCGUGAUGUAUUUGAGUAAAGGGAAGGUUCAGGAUAUGAUUUCCAGGCCUGCUUCCAGGUUAUCGUUCUUUCUCCUUCCAGAGAUGCCCAGCUGGGUAGCUGGCAGAGUGCAGGAGGCGAAGGGGACCUGCUUCGUGCUCCAGCCCUCCUAUAUUCUUCUGCUGCACACCUGAAAUUCCUGUCUUGUUAGAGGAGUGCAACGAAACAUGCUGCAUGAACACAUCAUGUUCGCCUGUCUCAAGUCUUUAACUUUUUAUCCUUCCUAUUUUUUUAGUGAGAAAGGUGGUAUUGGCCAUUGUUCCACCUGGCAAUUGAUGAGCUUUUAAAUCGAGCACAUUAUGCUAUGUACAGCUCUUUAAGACAGCAACCAAGGGCCAGAAUGAGAGAGAGUGCGUGUGAUUUUGGAGCCCUUCUGAAAGGGACCUUUCUGCACAGCAACUUAAUUAGCACUCACUGGUGCUGCUGUUGGAAUUCAUGAAGCCCCAUUGAUUUCCGUGGCCCCAGUGUCUCGGACACUACAUGUAAGCUGCUAUGCAGUUUGGGAAAACAAUGCAAAGUGCAAAGCUAACUUGGAAAAGAGAGAGAAAAAUCAGUGCUUUUCUGCAUUUCCCACCCUUGAAUUUGCAUAUAGUAUAAUCCCAUCCCUUCGGUACCUCUCAGGGAGAUGACUAUCAUGGAAAUGGAGAUAUCCAGAGCUUCAGAAUUGUCUACAGAAGGGUGUUAGCAUGGCAAGGAAAUUGCUUCUCAGGCAUUUUACAGUCAUGCUGUAAAACAACAGCUGCCUCUGCACUGAGUGGGAAAACCACUGUAGCUCGGACAGCGUCCUUCCUGGUCCAAGUACCGUCAAUACUGCAGGCUGUGUUUACUAGGCCAAGCCUCCCAGCAGCUAGCAUGCUGCCCUUCCUUGCCCCAAGUGGAGAGCCUCUUCCUAUCACAUGAGUUUGGAAAGCCUUUUGAUUUUUGCUCUGAAGUUAGACCCAUGGAUUGGUGCCUGCUCAGCAGCAUAGGUUAUAGGUGGAUGGGCUCUACUGGCCAGCCUUUUGCACUUGCCUGUGUUUCCAGGAGCAGCCCCUUUGUUUUAUGGAGCUUGUUAUCUCUCUGUACCCCUUCUGUUUUGGUUCUGGUGUCCCUUCUGCAGCCUAAACAGUGAAGCUCCCUCUAGAUUCUGUGUGUUAUGUUACUCUCUUGCUUGCAAGUUGGUUUGGAGUUUGGUUUUGUUCUCCCUCUUCUCCCUCUCCCCUCUUUUUGUUGUAAAGUGUCAACCAUGAAAUCCAAACUGAGGUUCCCUUCUAUGUCCCUAUAAGGCAAAAUAUUCUUUGGAUCCAUCUUCCACUGCAGAGUUGUCUUGAUCAGCAGGCAACUACUACAUUUUUCUUUUCUUUUUCCUUUUUUUUUUUUUUUCCAUUUUUCCUCCUCUUCCCCCAAGAAAUGCCCUUGUAACUGUUUCCUUGUACAACAAGCUAGGUUUUUGCUGCAUGAGCAGUAUAUUGUUCAGGUCUGUUUUCCAUGAGCAUUUGCCUACUUCUCUGAGCAUUACUUCAUUUCAUGACACCAUAGGGAAAUUGCAUGGGACAGUUCAAACUUCGCACGCCUGGGGAGGAAAACGUUGACUGGGAUACAACCAAUUUGCAAUCUUGCUUUCAAAAAGGAAGGAAGACAUUCGAGCUUCAGCUGACUGCAUUCCUGAAAGCACUUCUGUUCUGUAAAGGUUUUGGGUCUUGUUCCAUUUUGCAUUGGAAAACCUGGUACAAUCCAUUCCGAUUAUAAAGCUCUGUUCUACAACUGCCUCUGCGCAUCUUCUCCUUUGCAAGCUUAUGUCUGCCUGGACUUGUGAGCUGCAUGUCCCUCCAGGACUGUUUCACAAAAGGACAGCCCACUGCCCCUUCCUCGUGCCGUUGCAUUCUUACGCUUUGUGGAAAGGGCAACAAAUUAAAAAUUGCUCCAAAAGAGUCAAACUGAAAAAACAUGA